AUGGAGCCAAUAGUGAACCCUGUGGACGGCUUCACAGAGUUCCGCUGGUCCACAAUCAAUGAGCGCACUCUCUUCCCCCUUGUAGACCCUACGGACCUCGGCCCACUCGUACGCGCUAUUCUUGAGGACCCCUCGGAGUGGGCCAAUGCAGAAGUACCCGCCGUGGGCGAAGUCCUCACUAUUCCGCAAGUUGCAGAGGUCUACUCCGAGGUGACCGGACAGUCUGCUCGUGCUGUCUUUGUCGACCACGUCCCACAGGAAACAAUUCCGCAAUGGUUGGAGCGUCAUCGGGCGUACAGAGAUGUCGGCUAUUUCCCGAAGUAUGCCGGGCAUGAGACUGCUGUUCCAGAACUUGCAAGGAGCUUGUACCCCGAGAUGAAGACUUUUGCGAAGUGGCUGAAGGCGCCCGAAUAGGUCGAUGAUAAAUAAUACUCAUGACGAGAUGCAAGCAAGAGCGGUCACAUAGGAUUUACAUAUGCAACGCGAGUCGCAAUACUGGAUCUGUCGUGUGAUCGCUGUUGGGAUUAUC